AUGGAUCUGCCUCCCGACAAACCUGGCCCUUCUUCGGUUAGGCGCAAGAACACCUCCAAGGCCUGUGAUGAAUGCCGCCGCCGGAGAGCAAAGUGUGAUGGUCAGCGCCCGGUAUGCUCGCGCUGUCAAGUGCGGUCCUUAAGCUGUCAGUACCGCGUCCAGGAGGAUGGGCGCAGACCUGCUCCGAAAUCGUAUGUGGAAAUGCUACGAGGACGGAUUGAUCUGCUAGAAGGCAUUCUGCGCUCUCACUCAAUCGAUGUUGAUGCCACUAUUGCUGCAUUACGCCUACCAAAGGAUGGGACUGCCGCUCCUACUACUGGGGGCCCUGACGAUUCUGGUGUGGAGGAGCUGAGUGCGGCAUUUGAAGGUGCAUUCUCCCUGGACGAGUCUAUUAACUAUGACCAAGACGGAGAGAUUCGCUACUAUGGCGCGACGAGUGGGCGUCUGGGGUUCCAGUCACCGAAAGAGAGUGCGAAUUGUUCCUCCGUAUCAGGCUCAUCGCACAGCCGCGCUUGCAAUAACCCUGUUAUGACUCGUAUGAAGUAUGAUAGUUUUUUGAAGACAAUGGGCCAGGACUCGACCCCCGAACCACUCAAAGAACACCUAAUUUCUCUUUACUUUAAAUGGCAGAAUCCAUGGUUCCAGGUUGUCAGCGAGAAGCUGUUUCGGGAAAGCGAGAAGAACGGUGGCCGAUAUUGCAGCCCGCUGCUGUUGACCUGCAUACUCGCCGUGGGUUCUCGAUUUACUGACAGGCCCGAUGUUCGCUCUGACCCGGACGAUCCAAACACCGCUGGGUCUGUAUUUGUGGAGAAUGCCGAGUCGCUGCUUCACUAUGAUUUGAAAUGGCCCAGCCUGACGACCAUUCAAGCCUUAGGCAUCAUGAUAGAAAUAUAUACAAGCACCGGACAAGAUGCCGCGGCGUGGCUCUAUCAAGGAAUGGCCAACCGGCUUGCGCUUGACAUGGGCCUUAACCUCGACGGUGAGACCCUGAUCGAAUCAGAGUGUAUAACGCGGGAGGAGGUUGAGUUACGGCGGCAGAUAUUCUGGGCGUUAUACUGUGAUGAUAAGCUGUCAGCGGCCUACACAGGCAGAGUCUGUACAAUGCUGGAAGUCCAGCACAAGCUCAACCUUCCCACAGUUCCAAGCCCUGGAAGCUCGAAUGCUAUAAACCCUUAUGUGCCGACUCUCCUGCUCCGAGCUCUAAUUCGCCUGUCCCAAAUAACAGAGAAGACGAUACUUGGGUUAUAUGCCCCGAAUGCCAGCCAUCGCAAAUCCCCCGACAUCCUGUCAUUUAUCGAAUCGCGCAUCCUUGAUCUCCAGACAUGGUAUUAUGACCUGCCAUCGGAGCUGCGGAUUGAACGCGCUUCAUCUGCAAAUACACAGCCACAGGUGUAUACACUGCAUAUGGUGUAUCACACCAACUAUAUCCUGCUUCUGAGGCCCCUGACAUCUGGCCUGUCUGCUGUUGCACAUGGCAAGGUUGCAGCCCAUGCACAAAAGGCUAGCUCAAUGAGCCUUAAGGCAGCGAAGCAAAUAUGUCUGAUAGGUAAAAAAUAUCAACAAGUCUUUGGCUCCUUUCGUCGGAGUCCGGUUACGGCAACCCACUGUUCGCUUUCGGCAGCGGUGGUCCUAGUCCAUGCGGAAAUGGUGCAGGCUCGACCUGACGCAGGAGCAAGCAUUUCUAGCGAUCUCCAGACCCUGUUGAAUAUAUUAGGAGAACUAUCAAUAUCGUGGGACAUUGCGCGACGCAUACGUCGGAGCCUGAUAGAGACAUUGGAGAAGAAAUAUCCUGGCGUUUAUUCUCACGAUUUGCCAGAUACGGUGACUAGUAGCCAUAUAUCAACUGAAGGAGUCCAGGUACCAAGCUCGGCUUUUAUAUCGGAACCUUUGAAUGUCGCUGGCCCGGAGAUACACGACAGUGGUGUUUCUCAUGAUGCCGAUAUAGGACAAUUCGCGGACAAAGCCAACUUGCUGGGAGAUCUGAUGUCCUAUCCAGGUUUCUUGGAAUCGGUCCCAGAGACAGGGACGUCAGCCAAAGGCCUAAUGGAAGCAGCGAAUGAUAUCGAUCCAUUCAGCGAGUCCCUCCAUUGGCCAGCGUUUACAGAUUUGGACGUCGAUUUGAACAAUGCCGGUGCAUUACCCGGUGAUUAUCACUUCUUCGACUCGCUCAGCCAUCUUAAUGCGGAUGGCAGCAUGGGAUGGGAUAGGCUUUGA